GCUACCGAAGUAAACUAAACUUUAUCAUGAGUGGCUGUGGGACUGAGGGACUACUGAGUACUCACUGUAUGUUAUUGACAUUGUCUUAGUCGGACGUUGGACUUUGACAGUGAAACAGCAAACGCAGGGUGUGGAGCCUCAUUGAAUAAAUUUUGAUCUAAUGAAAUCAAGAACUUUAGAAUAAGAGGAUAUAGACACAAAAAACAAUGAUUUAUAAAUCAGUGAUGAAUAUGAUUUAAUAACAGUUUUCUAAAAUAUGCACUUAUAGUGACAAAUUUUGGCCCAAAAAAGAAUGGCGAUGGAAAAACAGAACGAUGAAAUUCUAGCAUUGUUGGAAAGUGCCCAAGUUCUGCUGGAACAGGGAAGAGAUAAUAUGAAAAAAGGAAAACUACCAAUGCAAAUAGAAAUAAGAACCCUUGAGUUUUGGCGGGCAAUAAUUGGCGAGUGUAUUGCCACAUUUUUCUAUGUUAUGCUAAUAAGUUCAACACAUCAGGCGUUGAAUUUUCCAAAUGAUAGUAUUGCAACGGUUCAAUUCUUCUCUGCUAUUACCGCUGGUUUAGCCAUGCUAACCCUUACUCAUGCCUUUUACAAGAUCUCUGGUUCACACCUUAACCCUGCAAUAAGUGUAGCCGCAGCGCUUCUGAAGCGUAUAACUGUGCUCCGUGCGGCACUUUAUAUUUGUGCGCAGUGCGGCGGUGCCAUUGCUGGUGCCGCGCUCAUUUACGGCGUGUACGGCAAAAAUGGCGCCAAGGACCAGUUUAGAGAUACAUCAAUCGCUAACUUUGGAAUGGAGUUCAUCAUGACCUUCCUUGUGGCCUUUGUUUACUUUGGUGUGACCUCCAAGAAGAGGUCGGAUACCUGGACCUCUAGCGUCAGUAUAGGGAUGGCGUACAUGACCUCGUUGGUUGCGUACCGUGGCUCAUUAAAUCCUGCACGGGCUCUUGGUCCCGCAUUUGUUGCUGACGCAUUUGCAUUCCACUGGGUUUACUGGGUCGGACCCAUUCUAGGGGCAGCUUGUGGAGGAUUCUGCUAUACAUUCAUAUUCAAUAUUCAUAAGACCAAGUGGAAGAAGAAGGACGUAGAUAACAUAUCAAUGAAGAGCGACGAUGACAUGCUCGACGAUUUGGAGCGUGUGCGUCAAUUUAAAGCAAGUAUGAUGACCAACUAUAACGAUGGACUUGCCGGUGUACCUUCAGUGUACAAUACUGCAGUGAAACCCUACAAACAGGCAGUACAAGAGUCUAUGUACAGUGGUACAAAAAGUUUGUACAAUGCACCAAUGACUGACGGACGACGAACCCCUGGAUUUGAUUGCAGUAAGUCUAUGUAUGGUGGUAUUGACGAAGUAAAAUCCAGGGUUCAGCUAAAGCGAUCUCUCUCUGUACACUCAAAGUUACAGAGAAGAAAUCCGCAAGAUAAUCUACCCGACGAGCCAGCAGCUCUCCGGGCAGCGCAUACAAGACAGCAGAGCCAUCUGGCAGAGGGGCAGCUACGCCAAACGGUGGAAGGGCAGCUACGACAGGCGGCAGAGGGGCAGAUGAGAGUUGGAGAUGGUCCUGUUUUUGCCUCAGAUGCUAUGUACAGAGAAUAUAUUCGACAGAAAAAUAUAGCAGCAGAUCAGCACUCUCCGGUGGAUCAAUGCUCUGGGAGCAGCUCCGGGUAUUAUAGCAGCUCCAGAGAGCAGGAGGAGCUAAGGAGAGAGCAGGAGGAGCUACGAAGGGAGCAGGAACUUAAACAGGAGUAUUUCCACCGGAGGGAGCGGAGUGUAGGGAGCACACGAGGGGAGUAUCGGAGGGAAGAAUUGAGACAGGAGAGGGAGGGCAGAUCUGCUCCACCUCUAGCAGAUGAUAUAAGAGGAGGGCGGAGUCAAAACUACACGCCUAGCACCACAUCUUCAUUUCAUUCAAACGGAUACUGAACUAAAAAUGCUGCAUUGUGAGUGUUACAAAGCCUUUUGUUUAAAAGUGCAUUAAUCUGGACGACCAAUGUUGCAUCUUGAGGUGUUUAAAACCUUAAAAAUAAAAACAAUGUCCGUGAGAGUGAAACAAAAUUUAAACAUUUUUAACAUUUUGUUCAAAUCCUAAAUGGCAAUUUAUGUCAAGUCUUUCAAGAAAAUGGUGAAAAGAAAAAAAAGUUUGACAGUUAAAAAUAUGUAAAAUCAUAAAACAUAGCCCACCCCCCAACAUUCUUUCC